GACCAGCACCGGAAGCUCACUUCUAGUCGCCCCGGCAACAUCGCCCACUCGCCAUCACCCCUGUUUCCCAUCGGAAGUAGGUCCCUGCUCGCCCACCGCCCAGGAUUCACAAGCUGCGCGCCCUUGAGGUGACUCCGGGAGCGACCACAAGCCCAGGUGUCAGUCCUAUCGUGCAUGGUGUGUUGCGUGAAGAUCAGGCACCGUCCUGGGGAGAGAGCAGUCUGUGAGGAGCCGCUCUGCAAACUGCAAAAUAGCCACGAACAUCACAGCCCUGAACUGACCAGACGACUGCACUGUGGUAAUUCUUUCCUAGUUUCAGUGCUCGUUUGGACUUUCACAAUCAGAGAUGGCAGCAGAGCCGGCGACAGCGCAAGCGCAAGCUCCCGAGUCUUGGUCCUCUCAUCCUGUGUAUGCAAGAUACUGGCAACAUUACCAUCAAGCGAUGGCGUGGAUGCGCAGCCACCAGAACGCAUAUCGGAAGGCCGUGGAAUCUUUCUUCACUUCCUGGUGGUACUUCGCUGCUGCGAACCUUCCCCAGAGCGCUUAUGCUGGGGAGGGCGGAAGGCCUCAGUCCUGCUACGAGCAUCCCUCAGCCUCCCAGGACUCCCACCACAGUCAUUCACAUCCUGGCGGGCCUGGACCACAUCCACGCGGUAAAGAAGAGCCAGCUCCGACCGCAGAGGAGGAGGAGGAGGAGGAGGAGGAGAGCGAAUCCGACGACGACGGCGGCAUAGAAUGCGACCUGAGCAACAUGGAGAUAACGGAGGAGCUGCGCCAGUACUUUGCCCAAACCGAGCGGCACAGAGAGGAGCGCCGGCGACAGCAGCAGCUGGACGCGGCGCGCCUGGAGGACUACGUGAACGCGGACCACGGCCUGUACGGCGACAGGCACCGCCGCCGCUCCGCGCUGCCCCCGGCCGAGCGGCCCGGAGAGCGGCGCCAGGCCGAGAUGCGGCGCCUGUACGGGGCCAGCGCCGCCAAGAUCCAGGCCAUGGAGACAGCCAUGCAGCUCAGCUUCGACAAGCACUGCGACCGCAAGCAGCCCAAGUACUGGCCCGUCAUCCCCCUCAAGUUCUGAGCCCUGCUCCGCAGUCCCCCUCUCCCCCUCUCCCGUGGCUUUUCUCUGGGGAAGGGGACUCCAUGCUGACAAAGUCACCAAAGUCCCCUGGGGGUGGGGGUAAUGUCAGCCGCCUGGAAGUGGGCACGACAUGUCCUGUUGCCAACGCGAGAGAUGUUCUCUCGAGGUAAAAUGAUAAUUUCAUAUACAUCCCACUGGUUUUUAAUGUCAACAAGAGCAACCGGUUCAUUAAAGUUCUCACUUGGAGA